GCAGUCUAACAACAACACAUGGGCGGCAAUGGAUUGAGGCCAACCAAUCAAGAGCAAAGGGCGUCUGGAAUUAGCCACCACCCCACUGUAUUCUGUGUCUUGAGAGUCCUAUUUAGCAAUGCACACUGGUGUAGGAAGUCUGGAGGACUGGUCUGGAUUCCUCUCAUUUACACGCUGAUUGGAUUUACAAAGGACUGAUCAAGGGAAGAACUGCUGCUUUGGGGAAUGGCAGACCCAAUGAUGAUGUCAGUCAUGCAAAACGGACAUCCCAAUUAUAGGAUGAAUGUCAACGGUAUGCAGCCUCAGCCACAUCCUCAUUCUGCUAGAAGCAUGCCUUCAGUACCAAUGAUGCAAUAUGGAGUUGUUCAUCCAGAUGGAAAUAUGAGGGUACGGAUGAAUGUGCACCAGCAUAUGGCAAACCCUAUGAUGUACCCUGGACAAGCUCAAUCUUAUAUGGGAGCUCAGCAACUAAUGGCUACAAUGCAUCUUCAAAAACUCAGCACUCAGUACCAGGGACAUCCAAUGAUGAGUAAUACUGGACUUGUGCAGGGACUCCCAGCUUACAAAAUGGCACCAAAUCACCAUCAGAACAUGCCUACUUUAAAUGUGACAGACGCGGACCUCAUUGAUGAGGAUGUCUUAACAUCUCUGGUGCUGGAAUUAGGUUUGGACAGAAUCGAGGAGUUACCUGAACUGUACUUGGGGCACAAUGAGAUGGACUUUAUCCUGGACUUUGUCGGCAAGCAGCAGGUUAGCACAGUAACCUGCUGAUGCACAGAGAACUGGGAAACUCGGCUGCACUGUAUAUGGCUUCCACAAGUCCUAGUUCUACUCGCUCAAAACCCUUUCCCCUCAACGCUAACUACAAUGUGAUCAGAGAAGGUUGUUUGGACUACAUUUUAAUCAUGAGACACACCAUCAUCAUUUGAUGGACACAGUAAUCCCAUGUGUAUUGGAAGUAUUCAAGAAAUUGCAUAAUUGUCAUAAGGGUACGGCCAGACAGUCAGGUUUCCUCUUGCAGUUUUGGAAGCCUUCGAAGGAGAGAAAGUAUGAAGGACAGAUACAAUCUCUUCCUUUCUUAAUUCAUUCCUGGUUUUUGCUUCCAAGACUGUAUCAGGAAACCUGACCGUGCGUACCUUCGCAUUUUCAGCUGCAACCUUUGCACUAAACCAUAGCCACCAAUUAAGGUCUAUUUUGUUGCAUUGCUCACCAAUAACUGGUAUACACGAUAGCAUAACUGCACUGGUGAUGGUUUACAUGUUCUUUGUAUGCACAAUCAGAUUCUCAUAUGAUAAAAAGCUUUUUUUCACUUA